GCAUUACACAGUAUACCACAAACCAGGUUAUUGUUAUACUCAUUUUCACAAACGGUUUUCGCCUAAAUUUUUUGGUUGUAUAGAAUAGUUUUACUUAUUCUAUUUUCUUGGAAAAAAAAAUUUUGCUAUAAUUAAGAUUUUUUUAAAUCUUUAGACUCCUGACAUAUAUUCUACUAAAAUUAAAUAUUAACAAUUGAUUAAUAAUAAAAAGUAAAUAGUUAAAAGAAAAAAGUAAAGAGAUUUUUUUUUUUUAAGAUCAUCAUUUACUCUUCUGUGUAGCUUUAUAAGCCAACUGACAAAUUACAACAUUAAGUUUCUUAUUGGAUUGAGUAGUAUGGCUACAGCAGGAGUUAUGAAACUUAAAAUUAACUCAAUUGGUUUAGGAACGUCUAAUUUUAUAUUAGUUGGAAUCAUAAUAGCAAAGCAAAGUUCAAGACUAAUUGUUUCUAAAAAAAAUAAUAAAACUUGGUACGUAUUUUCAUUUACAAUACGUGAUUCGCCUGAAGAUUUUCUUAAUAUAACUGCUUGGGGUUCAUACAAGUAUAUAACAAAAAUGAAAAAUACCUUCAGAAUAGGAGAUGUCGUGGAUAUAAUAAAUGCAAAAGUAACGGUGAAGCCAAAUGAAGGUCAAUUUGAUCGAUUUAUGCCCACAGUGACAAGUUGCUUUUCUUUGACCCUGUAUGAAAACUGUUCUCAAAUAAUUGCACAUGACAAAAAUGAUUCAAUCCAAUAUCAUUAUCUUAUGAAAUUACCAACCCAAUCACUUAGUAACUAUCUAGUUAUUGCUGAUAUUCAUUCAAAUGGAAAAACUUUUUGUGGAAAAUAUUGCAGUCUUAUGGUAGCAGUAAGACAUGUGCACAGUACCAAACAUAUAAAAACAAAAACUAGUGUUGAUUGUAUUUUAAGGGAGAUCACAGUUAUGGACAAAACACACUCAUCUUUGAUUUUAUUAAUUUGGAAUAAAGAAGUAGUAUAUAAGUCUUAUUCUUGGAUUCCAAGACAAACAAUUUUACUUUUAGAGAAUGUACGAUUUGAUUGGAGUGAGUUUAAAAAAAAUAUGAUUGCUAUAGUGACUAGUAAAACAGUUAUUACAGAAAAUCCAAGUAUAAAAGAAGCAGAAUCAUUAAGAAACUUUUCAAUAUCAUGUUCUAUUGGUUCAUCAGUAAGAAUUAACAUUUCAAGUAUAAUUCCUGAUGUCAAAUUUUAUAAAAUAGUGACAACUAUUGUCAAUGUAAUGUCAUGCAAAAAUAUCAAGUUAAAAAUGGAUAUGGAAGGAAUGCAAGAAUUCACUGCUAUUGUAUAUGCAGUGAUAACUAAAUUUAAUAUUGAUGAACUUAAGAAUUCAGUAAAAAAAAAAUGUAAAUUAUGUAGCACAAUAGUACUAAAUGACUAUGAAAAUUGUCACAAUUUUGAGUGUAUUUCAAAUAUGACAUUAAAAUAUGGAGUAGAAAAUAUUCAAAGUGUAUUUAAUGUUCUGAUUUCUUUAACUGAUUCAACUGGAACUUUAGAAAACUGUCAAUUAACUGAAAUUGUUGCAACUAACAUUUUAGGAUCAGUAGAAGAUUAUAAAAAAAUGGAUUGUUUACAAAAAACAGAUCUUAAAUGGAAAUAUCUCUUAACAAACUGUGCUGUAAAAUUAGUUAUUCCUAAAAAUCAACUUGAUAAGAAAUCAAUAAUUUCAGUUGUAAGUAUCAGAAAUGAAGGAAACAUUUCUCAAUAUGUAUCAGAAAUACCUCUUUUUUAAUCAAAAAUUAUUUUUAACAUUUUAUGAGUGACCAUUUCAAUGUUAGUCAAUCAAUUCAAAUUUCAAAAUUUUGUAAAAUGUCUAACAUCUAAUUUUUUUUUAACUUUAAGCAAUCUAUUCAUGUUAAUUAAUAUUCUUAUACAUAUAUUUAUAAAUAAUAUAUAAAUUAAAAAUAAUUUUAAAUAGUAUUUAUAACUAC